GUGAGCCACGCGUGUCAGCCGGUCGCAUUUGUCUUUGUACGUACAGACUUGAGACAAACAAACAGUGUCCGCAUUGGCCACAGCGACUACGUAAUAAAAAGUGACGAAAAUGAGCGGAAAGCUGACAUCCACACACGUGACUUCAUAAAACAAAGCAACACCGAACACGCGUGAAGCAGCGCAGUAGCACAGAAGGAUGGCACAGAUGCGCGACAACUGAGGUCUAUCGUACAAAAGCAAUACGUAUCAUGCGACGUCCUCAAUACACUACACAUCCGGCCAGAAGCCCACGGUCGGUCAGACACACUCCUCCAGGGUCUUGCCGUGCUUGAAGGUGAAGACGGUGGGCAGCGUCCUCCACCUGACAGGACACGCCAUACGUACACAUCUUCAUUUAUGUCAGUCAGCCGUGUGUGUCAAGUCAUCUGUUGUGUGGUGUGGUCUACGCUUACGUGUUGGUGAAUGGCCUGCACUUGACCCGCACCCACGUCACCGUCUUGGGGCCAAGGAAGCCCUGCUCAGUGCGCGCCACCUCAUUCCACCGCUGGAAGGCCAGCGGCAUCCCCACCUCCACUUUUCGCUUCAAUACACCGAUGCCCACCUUGUCUUGCUGACCCGAGAAGCACAGCAGCGGGGCCUCACCAUUGGUCGUCACCACCGCCCGAUCCCGCCGCAUCACUGCCGUGGUGGCAGCUUGGCCACACUGUCCCACGAUGGCGAUCUUGAACAGCAGACGGGCCGGUGUCCGGGGCUUGACAGCAGUCGACGCCUCCACGGUGAAGGCCGCGAUAGUCGGGGCAGUCGCACUCUUGACGGGGAACCACAACACCACCUUCUCGCUCGUUGUCAGCCUCCCUUCGUCUUGGAUCCACUCGCCCUCUCCUUUGACAGUCGUGCAGGUCAGAGGGAAUUUGUGUUGCUCCCCCGACAGCCGCAGCCCCAGCAGAUCACUCAGCGAGUCGUAGCUUUUUCGCAGCCCGGGCGGCACCGUCAGACAGCCGAGGUUGGCUAUCUCCCGCCGCAAUUCUUGCUGCUGCAGCUCCAGGCACUCCUUGUGGAGGAUCUUGAUGAUGAAGGCGAAGCUGUCAACGUCGUAGUCGAGGAGCACUCGGCCGUGUUCAUCUUUCUUGGCUCCCUCCAUCCACUUGUCGCCCAGCAUGAGCGCCAGGCAUGACGUCGAAUGGUGGGAGCGGAGAUGAGCCAGAACACAAGCGGGGAGAGUGAUGGGGCGGCCGCUGACCACAAACUCCAUGCGCAGAUCUUUGGAUGCGCUUCUCCGAGGGAAAAGAAUCGCUAUAGGAGCAGCAGCGGCUUCAGGAUCG